AUGGCGCCCUCUCCUGCACUGAGGUGCUGCAAACGGGCUCUAAACUGGGUACCUGUCCUGUUUAUUAACCUGGUCGUCGGCUGGUCUUAUUACGCUUACGUUGUGGAGCUCUGUGUGUAUACAAUCCCAAAUAAUGCAGAACGAAUCAGCUAUUUGGUCAUCUUUCAUAUUGCCUUCGCCAUGUUUAUAUGGGCAUACUGGAAAACUAUCUGGUCCACACCGACCAGCCCCUCAAAAGCAUUCGGUCUGCCCAGACAAGAGAAGGAACUGUAUGAGAGGGAGGAGCGAGCUGAGGCGCAACAAGAGAUUCUGAAGAAAGUGGCGAGGAAUUUACCUGUGUAUACACGAACAGCUGGAGGAGCCAUCCGAUACUGCAACUACUGCCAGGUAAUCAAACCUGACCGCUGCCAUCACUGCUCAACCUGUGAAAUGUGUGUGCUGAAAAUGGACCAUCACUGCCCCUGGGUGAAUAACUGUGUUGGGUUCUCAAACUACAAGUACUUUGUCCUGUUCUUGGCCUACGCCUCACUCUACUGUGUAGUAAUAUGUGCGACAGUCAUCCGGUAUUUCAUCAAAUUCUGGACAAAACAGCUGCCUGACACGCACGCCAAAUUCCACAUCUUGUUCCUGUUUUUCGUGGCGGCCCUGUUCUUCAUCAGCAUCGUGUCUCUCCUCACCUACCAUCUGUGGCUCGUUGGAAAGAACAGGACCACUAUAGAGGCUUUCAGGGCUCCCGUCUUCGCAAAUGGUCCAGACAAAAACGGGUUUUCUCUAGGCUUUGGACGAAAUGUAGCUGAGGUGUUUGGAGACCAAGCAAAGUAUUGGAUUUUGCCAGUUUUCUCAAGUCUGGGAGAUGGACAUUCCUUUGUCACAAGACUGGUUCAUAUAGAUCCUGAACAAGCAAACAGCGUCCUUCAGCAGAAUGGCAAAAGCCCUGCUGAUGGAGAGAUCAACCCUUGUGUGCUUGGUAACAAUGUGCAACACACAGAGGAUGACGGAAAAGAGAAAACCGAUGGAGGCCAGAUAGUCUCUGUGACAAUGGAGAAUGAGCCAUAGUUGGUCGCAGGCACAUCUGCGAAGAUCUCAAGUAUGAUGCCUUAAAGCAGGAGCAUCAGCACCUCCACAUCCUCCACCCUCAUUUUGAGUUUCAGUGCAGCCUCAAACCACACCUUUUGUAUUUAUGUACAUUAAUGGACAUUCUUCAUCUCAUGUGCUUUAAACUAGCACAACAACAGCACUGUUGUCAUAUCAACAGAGACUCAACAGCAACCUCAUAGACUGCACCAGUCUGAUGCAGAGGUGAUUCAGAAGAGGAGAUUUUGUCUUUGUUAUUAAGCCAAAGACAUUCAUAUAAGCUUGUUAUUACUGCAUCUGAAAAACUCUGGGAGCCAAUGUAUGUUGUCAUUGUCUGUGUUUAUCUAUGAUUAUAACUGCUUUACACAUUUCAACCAGAGAUUCGUCCUUAUCAGUAUUUAUUAAGCUUUAAAUAACUAAAUCUUGAAUGUUCGUAGAGCAGCAGGAGCCACGAAAGCAAAAUGAAGACAGAUUUCAACACAGUCAGUGCGUGCAGUACGUCAUAUCAGUUCUUAACUUCAAGCACAGUGCAAUUACAAAGACCAGUCGUCAAUUCUUAAAUGGUCUCAAAUUCCAUUUAGAGUUUACAUGAUAAAAUUAAAAAGUCUUUCUGUUUACACUUUUCAUAUACUUUUUUUUUUUACAUUUUACAUUUUAUACAAUGGGUGAACACACAGAGGAUAUAAGCUUAAAUGUGAGGACCAAAUCCAGUUAACAUGGUUUAAUCUCAUUCCAAAUAAUUAUUUAAGACAUAACCAAUAGAUUGCCUGUAAUACAGAGAAGUGAUCUGUAAGAUUCACAUUUUUGAUUUCACUACAAAUAUUUGAAAUUUGUUUUUGAUGUUUUUUUAAAAAAAUUACAUUGUGUUUACGUGUAUAUUGAUUUUAUUUGUAAUAACAGAUUUUAUUUAUAUGAUUUUUUUUCUAAAAACAUGCUCGAUUCUUGAUUGCCACGUUUUCCCUUUUUGUUCCAGGUAAUGUUUCACACUUAUGCUUUGUAUCUGUAUAAUAAUUUGAGUCAGUUUAUAAUGUUGUCGUCCAGUCUUUGCAUUUCUUUCCACCAGUUUGAAAUUGAGAUUUAUUCAAAAUUUAUGAAAAGCAAAGAACAUAAAAUCAAACCACAUAAAAACGGUUUGAAGAUAAUGUCAGAAAGGUCAGGGGCAUUUGUUGCAUUGUGUCCUUGAGUCUACACCAGGAUAGAUAAGAUUUACUUUAUAUACCUAUAUACCAGUGAUCCAAGAGGGUCAUAACACGCUUCUUCUAGCACUGCUGGUACAUGUUGCAUUAAAUCAUAUCUGCUUUAGUGGACACGUUACAUUGCACAGUGUGUGCUCGCUUGAGUGAUUACUCAGUUUGUGUAGAUAUUACUUGCAGUAGGUUAGUAAACUAACUCCCCUGACUGAACUUGGCUGACCAGGCAGUUAGAGCUACUAAUGUAGUUAAUCCUGUGAAGAACUGCUUUUUCUCAAGACAACUUCAUGCAAAACUGUUGUGUAACAAUAAAUGUAAUGUAAGAAACUA